CCCAAAGCCUCCAGGUAUGGAUAGGAUGACAAUAGGAGGAAAGAAAAGCCGCGUUUGCAGAGCGCAUCAUAUAAAAUUUAAUAUAUAUAUAGGCCUACAUAUAUGGAACCUUUUUUUGUAUCAUUAUUUGAAAAUUUUCUUCUCAUCUGUGAGGAACCGCACAAAAAAACGCUGUUUUUAUUGGACUCAGGACAGACUUGUGGGCGUCUGCUUAUAGAUCUUAUUCUUUACCCUGGAGGAGCUUCGCCAUUAUGAUUAAUAUUUGUUGAUGUAAGAUGAUGCAAUGUGGAUUUAAUAGAAAUUAUGGGAUUUCCCAACGAGGGGAUGUCUUUUUUUAAUCUAUGGAAAAUAAAAACGCACAUCAAAGAGACUGCGCAGCUGUAUGAUGCGGUGGAUUUUUUAAAAUUACCCAGAAAAUGGAUCGAUGCGCUGCAGCAGGAAAUCGGACGUCCCAUCGCUUCAAGGAGCAGAUUACUUUAACAAUUAAACGCCUUUACAUUUAAGGGACUAAGACUCUGCGCUGGGUUAUUAUCCGCCAGCUCUUUAUAACACUGAAAGUGUAAUAGAAGCAGAGAACUGUUGCAACGACAGCAGCAUUUGCGCAACUGCAUAUCCAUCAUUCUAAACGCAAAGAGAAAGGAGCAGCAUACCCAGAGGAAAAGACGCACCGCAACGAGCGCACGGCACAGGAUGCGUCUUCACGUCAAAUCAAGUUAAAAGGAAGCAGCCAGAUUUUUUUUUUUUUGUUUGUUUUUUUAAAGCAGGGGGGGGGGUGAUGACGGCGUUUAUGUUCGGAAGAGGAUUUUGCAAGCCCAGAUUUUGGAAGCGCGGAAGCAGGACCGGUGUCUUAUCGUCCCUUUGCGGGGUCCUGGCGUGCGCCGCGGUGUUGGCGCUGCUUUUCCUGGACUUUAUUGAGACGUGGGUCACCUCGAUGGGUAUGAGCGGGGCGGUGGAGACGCAUGCGGCCAUCAUCUCGCCCCAGAGCCUCCCUCAGUCCAAACCAGAGGAGUUUCUGCUCAUGCCCAGCCCGCUGGUGUGCCAGCGCGCCAAGCCUUACCUCAUCGCCUUGGUGACCUCUGCACCUGCAAAUCAGCGGGCACGCCAAGCCAUCCGAGACACCUGGGGAGGAGAGGUGGAGGUGAGAGGACUGAGGUUCAUGACCCUCUUCAUGGUUGGUGUUGCCACUGACCCCGGCCUGGGAAAGCUGCUGAUAGAAGAAGCCAGGGAGAAAGGGGACCUGAUCCAGGGCCGAUUUUUGGACUCCUACUCCAACCUCACCCUGAAGACCCUGGCCAUGCUUGGCUGGGUCCGCAGGUUCUGCCCUCAGGCUCAUUUCAUGGCCAAAGUGGAUGACGACGUUUUCUUUAAUCCCAGUGCUCUCCUUCACUUCUUAAACAAAAGCAGGAACCCUUAUGAGCAAGGAGAUUUGUAUCUUGGCAGAGUCCAUCUUCAUGUGGCCCCAAACCGUGAUCCAGACAGCAAGCAUUACCUCCCCUCUGGGGCCUACCCUUUGUCUGUGUUUCCUGACUAUUGCAGUGGUACAGCUUAUGUCUUUUCCCGCUCUGCCCUGCUUAAAGUUGCCCUUGCAGCCUCAGCAUCACCUCUAUCCACACCUUUACCUCCAGAGGAUGUGUUUGUUGGCCUCUGUGCAUAUGCUGCUGGGGUGCAGCCCUCACAUUGCCCUCUCUUCUCCGGGGGUCCACCUGUGCCAUACGGGCGCUGCUGCUAUCAGGCCAUGGUGUCUGUCCAUCAUAUCACUCCCAAGGAGAUGUUGGAUUAUUGGAAAGAUGUCCAUUCCUCCCCGCCCUGUUCCUGGCUGACUCAGCGUGCUUCUCUGGGGAUGUGCAAAGUCAGGGCGAUGCUGGGCUCAGCCCUGGGCCUGGAGGAUUGACUUAAAUUAGACUCAAGGGAACCUUGCCUCACACAGUUAUUCUACAAGCUGCGAAUCUACCUGCACUGAUAAUAUUUAUGCCUAUUGUCAUUAUUAGAUAUUUAUUUUUAUAAGAUUGUCACAUACAUUUUUUUUUUUUUUUUUAGAAAACCGGUAACCUCAGGAUUUCUAGUUCUUGGUCUGAGCAUCAAAAUUUGACAACAUGCAGCCGAGGAACAUUUACAAACAUGCUGCUUAUACAGCUGCUCAUGAUGAAUGCAUAUAGGAGAAAUGCUUUGAGACAAAGUACUUUGAAUAAUUAAAUGCUGCAAGCAUCGGCUAUUUACACACAAUCAGUCCAUUGCUAGAUCAUUUGACAGUAGGACUUAGUCUUAAAGCCUCCAUGCAUGUGCUGCAAAGCCAAAGCAAUAUAAUCAGAUCAAACAAAUCAAUUCUUGCGUGAAAACACUCUUCAGUACAAGUUCAUGUUAUAAAUUUUCUUUAGGCAAGAGAUUUAAAAGGAGGUACAAAGGAAAUUGACACACUAGAUGUAAAUAACCAGUUCAGGUGACAGUUUUUUCUCACGGUUUAUGUUGCAGCAAGUGACUCAAAGUGAUUCUAACACCUGUUAUACCAACAAAGAGCAGAUUUUAAACUGCUCAGAGUUAAAGUGCUCAGACUAGGCCGAAUCUCUGGUGUGCCUUGAUGAAAAAAAUGUUAGUUAGGAAAUGUAGGAUAUAUAUAUUUGCCAAGUUUUGGUUUUCCUUAUUUAUUUGUAUGAAUGGAAUUAUGACACCAAUAAACACCCACAUCCCAGGUAAAA